CCAACUCAACUGACUCAAUCAACCCCAUCAAGUCAAUCAGCUCUAUCUAUCUUACCAAACCAGUUAACCCAAUUAACCCUCACUAUGCUUUCUCACUACUCAACCCUCUUUACCAAGCCAAGAGCUCAAGCCAACCAGCCCCGUACCCCGAAAAGCUCUCACUUCUUCACUAAAAACGGCAAAAAACUCAAACCAACAACCAAGAAACCAAAAGACACUCACAAAACCCGGGAUCUCGUGUCUCGCUACUUAUCCUCCUCUCGCGUCACUUCCAUCUUCCAACCAACACGCAAACCUAACCCCAUGUCUCCCCUGGGGCCACAAAACUACUCUACGGGGACCUACCGCUCGUCCAAAAAAGACACGCGCGGCGCUCGUAGUAGUACGGGGCAACCGGAGUGGUAUGUGACGUACCGGGCUAUCAUGGACGAGGAAGAAAAGAGAGUGAAGAGAGUGCGCAAGGAGGAAGAUAAAGCGUGGGAGAAGGAGGUGAGGAGGGAUAAAGAGAAGUAUGCGAGGGAUACGUUGGGGAAGGAGGGUGUGUUUGCGGAUGUGUUUGUGUUGCUGGGGUAA